CCUCCACUGGAGUGUGCGAAAACUAAAGGCACCUGACAUUAUUGUUCAGUAGGCCGACCGAAAAUGAAUGCUUUUAGAACUAGAUUCCCGGUUUACUUUCACUGACGCGAGUUGUGCAACGCAAAGAGAAAGUGUGCUAUUGUGCUAACGCUCCACUUUCAUGCUCGGCGAACGCUUCGUGCGCGUAGGAGAAAGCCUGUUCAGCCGUAAGAGCAAUUUCUACGAACAGCAACAUUUUCACUGCUGCAGCGGAGAAAAUGUCGGCAAUACGUUGCGCAGUCAGCCCAACAAGGUCAAUCAUCUUGAGGAAAGUUGCCAACAGUCAGCAGAGCAGAGCAUCCGUGCACAGGGUGUUGCCAAUUGGCUCGGGAGGUCGGUGCCUUCUGGUUGCCACUCUGCGCACUGCAGUCGGAGGUGGCAACAAUGGGAGUGGAGACGAUGACGUGGGACUUCGUGGUGGUGGUUCCGGAGUGGACAAGGGUGGAGCACGAGGAGGCACAGGGGGCGGAAACCGGGGAGACGGACACCUCUGCUGCCCCAAGUGUGGCAAUCCAUGCACCCAUGUGGAAACCUUUGUCUCAUCAACGCGGUUUGUCAAGUGUGAGAAGUGCCACCACUUCUUUGUCGUCCUGUCCGACAUGGACACCAAGAAGACUCUGAAGGAAGCCCGCAUUAGUGCGGACAAAUCUGGAUUGGUUCGCAAGCCACCUCCUCCUCCAAAGAAGAUCUACGAGUAUCUGAACCAUCACGUAGUGGGACAAAAUUAUGCCAAGAAGGUACUGUCCGUCGCUGUUUACAACCACUACAAGCGAAUCUACAACAACCUCCCUGCAUCCAGUGGUGCACCAAAGACAGAGGCUGGUAGUGUGGUGGAUGGGCAAACUCACACUGCUUUCACAACAAGGGAUCUGCUGCACAUUUCGGGCAUCACUCAUGGAAGUGCUCUGGGACUGGGCAUCCAGAGUCAGCCGUCGUCACCCACAGCUCAUGGCACCGAAGCCGAUGGCCACGGCACACGGGGAACAGAUGUUCUAGAUGCCUCUGAUGCCGAAAUUAGACUCGAGAAAAGCAAUAUUUUGCUCCUGGGGCCCACAGGUUCAGGAAAGACGCUACUAGCGCAAACAAUAGCAAGGUGCCUAGAUGUACCAUUUGCCAUUUGCGACUGUACAACAUUGACACAGGCUGGUUAUGUUGGCGAAGACAUCGAGUCGGUCAUCGCCAAGUUACUUCAAGAUGCAAACUUCAAUGUGGAGAGAGCACAGCAAGGAAUAGUGUUCCUGGACGAAGUGGACAAGAUUGGUGCUGUGCCGGGCAUUCACCAGCUGAGGGAUGUGGGCGGAGAAGGCGUACAGCAGGGCAUGCUCAAGAUGCUGGAAGGCACAUUGGUCAGCGUGCCUGAACGCAGCUCUCGCAAGCUCCGAGGAGAUGCCCUGACGGUCGAUACCACAAACGUGCUUUUUGUGGCCUCCGGAGCGUUCAAUGGCCUUGACCGCAUUGUUGGACGACGGCGCAAUGAAAAGUACCUCGGUUUUUGUGCCCCUUCGCUGGACUCUCCGGGACGUCGGGCUGCCUCCCAGGCAGGGUUAGCCAAUGCCUCGCCCUACUCCAGUGCCAGCGAUGACAAUGCGGAACGUGAUGCUCUGCUGCGUGGUGUGGAAGCUCGGGACCUGAUCGAGUUUGGCAUGAUUCCCGAGUUUGUGGGCCGCUUCCCUGUGCUCGUGCCUUUCCACAGCCUGAGUGAGGACAUGCUGGUGCAGAUUCUAACAGAGCCACGAAAUGCACUGGUGCCUCAGUAUCAGAUGCUGUUUGGCAUGGACAAGGUGGAACUGACCUUUGAGCCUGAGGCAUUGAGAGCUAUUGCACAUCUGGCCAUGGAGCGCAAGACCGGUGCUAGAGGGCUGCGGGCUAUCAUGGAGACCAUCCUUCUGGAGCCCAUGUUCGAGAUCCCAGGUUCAGACGUGACAAGUGUGCACAUCACACAUGACUGUGCCAUGGGAAAGUGUGCACCACUGUACAUUCGUGGCCGACCAGUGGAACGGGACUUUUACGACGACAGCCCGUCUGCCGACCAGGAGCGGGCUGUCAGCUCUUAGGGAUGGUCGACUUCAUCCCAUGUGCAGGACUGUUUUUGGACAGAAAAAAAGAAAAAAGUGGCAACUGUGCAGUCAAAUCCAAAAGCUACAAGUGUUUUCCUGCAUCUUGGAACAAAAUUUCCAGUGGCAAACUGUUGGUUGAAGCCAUUUGCUUAUCUGCCAAAAUUAUAUUUGCUGUGGUGCACCAGCAGUAUUUCUUUCCAUCCAUUUCUUUUUUUUUUUUCUAGCUAAACGAUAGAACUAGGUACACACUCUGGAUUCUGAUUGUGUCAAUGAGUUGAACUGCAUGCUUGGACUGCAGCUGGUCAAGUAGCAGCAUUGUGACAAACUGAUCUCACUUUUUGUUGGUGUCCUCAAGGGCAGCUUGAGACCAAAGGAAGUCGCACUCUAGGCUGUACUUGCCGAAGUGUUUCAGAUAUGCUUUGGCAACUUCAGGGUUUUGCUCCCACUUGUGGAUGCUAGUUCUCGGUCUAGACAAUCUCGAGGGAUGCCAUACUGCAGUGGCAUUGUGGAGCAGUGACUAAAUUUAUAUUGUUAAGGAACGACCUUCAAGUACAUAGCUGAAUCAAUGCGGGAACAUUGGAAUGUUGCGAGUACAUCCUGCAGGAAGAAUUUACCUUUGUCGACCAUGGUUAAAACAGAGCCAAAUGCUGUUGUGUGGAAACACAACAAUUCUUUUUUAUAAUCUUUGAAAACGUGUUGAAAAAAUUUUCGGAGCGAAAAUGCUCGUUGACUUGUAGUAGCCGGUUUAUUUUUUUUAUAUAAAAUCAUUUCAAGAGUGGGUUCUUGCAGUUUAUUUUCGCUUGGUAUCUGCAGCUUCGCUUACUGCUGUGACAAAAUAGUCUACUUGUAUCUAAAAACAAGCUUACGAGUUUGAUGGGAGAGCGUUGUUAAAAGACCUAUACGAUACUGUGCUAUAGCGUGGCUGAAUCCCAGCAUUUGUUAAAUGGUGUAAAUGGAAAUAAAACUCGGUUUUGCUAG